AUGACUAAUGACUCGGUAGUGUGCGUUUAUUGUGCGUUGUUUGGCCAGCAGGAAAAAGUGUCUCAACAGGAAGGAUCAUUUGUUUCUAUCAAGGGUGUGUCAGACUGGUCUAACAUUGGGAGGCUAGUCAAGUUACACACCUGUGAGUUGUCCCCCCACCAUGACGCUGUUAUUAAGGGUGAUAAUUUUGUACACAUUUCAAGCGGCAACCAAAAAGAUAUUUACAGUCAUCUCGCCUCAAAAAUUAGUAAAACUGUUGAAAGAAAUCGGCACAUCCUUCAAGCAAUCAUUGAUAUAGUAUUGCUAUGUGGCAAACAAAAUUUUGCGCUAAGAGGACACAGGCAAGAAAACAGAAAUUUUCCUACCCUCUUUCAGUUUAGAGCCAAGACUGAUCCUGUGCAUGCAGGUCACUUGAAUAGCGAUGAAAGCAGAGCAAUUCCAAAGUACACUUCGCCGGAUAUCCAGAAUGAGCUCAUUGAACGUUGUGACGAUUACAUCCGUAAGUUAUUGUUACAGAACUGCAGUAGUGCCCCCUUUUUGCUCUCUUGGCAGAUGAACUACAGAUUUUGGAACAAAGGAGCACAUCUCAAUAUGUACCAAUCAAUUUCGUGCACAGAAAGGAAGGAGAAAACAAGGAAGGGGUGAGAGAGGACUUUCUAGGGUUCUUAGAGGCAGAAAGCCCGAAGGGAGUAGCACCAACUGAAAAUUUCAUGAACACCCUUACUGACUUUGGAAUUGACAUCCAUAAAAUGCGAACACAAAGAUAUGACAAUUCUGCAAAUAUGUCAGGUGUACACAGAAGAGUACAGGCCGUCACACGACAACAGGUACUAGAGGCAGCGUAUUGCCAUUGUAAGGCGUACUCCCUUAAUCUUGCCAUUGGUGACGCUUGUGGGGAGCCCUUGAUACGCAAUAUGUUAAGCACUAUACAAACCAUCGCGUUUGCAUUGGACUAUUCAGCAAAGCGACUGCUGGCCUUUCAGGAGUCUCUUGAUCAGAACGCCUAA